AGAGAAAAAACGACAACGUUUAAGACUCUAAAUCUCUCAAAUUCUCUUCCGACAAAUGGGAAAUGGAGUCACCACUUUGACCGGUUGCUGUACAGGAACUGUCGCCAGAGAAAUUUCCCGGCGAUACGACGUAUCUCUUGUUCACGACGGUCUUGGUCACUCUUUCUGCUACAUACGACCGGAUCUCACCGGAGUAGUUUUACCGUCUUCGGAGAUUCCUCUCCGUUCAGAAACUAUCCAAGAAACCACCACAACUUUCCGUUCAAUCUCCGGUGCAUCGGUCAGCGCAAAUCCUUCCACCGCGCUCUCCGGAGCUCUAUCGUCGGAUUCUGAUUGUCCGUACAGCUCCGCCGUCUCCGCCUCCGCAUUCGAGAGCUCGGGUAAUUUCGCCUCUCUACCACUCCAGCCUGUGCCGCGUGGCUCCACGUGGCAAUCAGGUCCGAUUGUUAACGAGUCGGAUCACGGGUCAGCUCCGUUUGAACGACGAUUCUUAUCGGGUCCGAUUGAAAGCGGGUUGUAUUCGGGUCCGAUCGAAUCAACGAAGAAGACGGAGAAAGAGAAACCGAAGAAGAUCAGAAAAAAAUCAAAAUCGAAGAAGAAUUUUCUCACAUUCAAAACACUAUUCACGAGUCUUAUCUCUAACAACAAGUCUCGCUUGAAGAAGAGUGUGAUCGAGCCGAUCAACGGUUCGGAUUCAUCAGAUUCCGGUCGUCAUCAUCAUGAACCUGUGAUUACUUCCUCACGAAGCCACGAGAACCCUAAAUCUGAUCUGGAAGAAGAAGAUGAAAAACAGAGCAUCGACUCUGUUUUGGAUGUUCAAUGGGCUCAGGGGAAAGCAGGGGAGGAUCGUGUACACGUGGUUGUGUCUGAAGACAACGGAUGGGUCUUUGUCGGAAUCUAUGACGGAUUUAGUGGUCCAGAUGCGCCGGAUUAUCUCCUCAACAAUCUUUACACCGCCGUGCAAAAGGAGCUUAAUGGGUUACUUUGGAACGACGAAAAGCUUAGAUAUUUUGGAGAAAACUGCGAGACCCAGCUCGGAAAAUGUUCCGAUGAGGAAGAUUCCAAUUCGGGGAAAGAGAAUUGUCCUGUGGUGAACAGUGAUGAUCCAGUUGCUUCCGGUGCAAGAAACCAAGAGAGGAGUGUGAAAUGGAGAUGUGAAUGGGAGAAUAAGUCAAACAACAAGACCAAAUCUGAUAACAAAUGUGAUCAGAAAGGAUCAAAUUCGACGACAACAAACCAUAAAGAUGUUCUUAAAGCUCUUUUACUAGCGCUGAGGAAAACCGAAGACGCGUAUCUAGAGCUAGCUGAUCAAAUGGUUAAAGAGAAUCCAGAAUUAGCACUAAUGGGGUCUUGUGUUCUCGUGACAUUGAUGAAAGGAGAAGAUGUGUACGUGAUGAAUGUCGGGGAUAGCCGAGCGGUUUUAGGCCGGAAACCUAAUUUAGCAACCGGGAGAAAGAGGCAAAAGGAGUUGGAGAGAAUCAGAGAAGAUAGUUCUUUAGAAGAUAAAGAAAUUUUGAUGAAUGGAGCAAUGCGUAAUACUUUGGUUCCUCUACAACUUAACAUGGAACAUAGCACAAGAAUUGAAGAGGAAGUGAGAAGAAUCAAGAAGGAACAUCCUGACGAUGAUUGUGCAGUAGAGAAUGAUAGAGUUAAAGGUUAUCUUAAGGUCACUCGUGCAUUUGGAGCUGGCUUUCUCAAACAGCCUAAAUGGAACGAUGCACUUUUAGAGAUGUUCAGGAUCGAUUAUAUCGGGACAUCACCAUACAUUACAUGUUCUCCAUCACUAUGUCAUCACAAGCUAACGUCACGUGACAAAUUCCUAAUCCUAUCUUCUGAUGGAUUGUAUGAAUAUUUCUCUAACCAAGAAGCCAUUUUCGAGGUUGAAUCUUUCAUCUCUGCUUUUCCUGAAGGCGAUCCAGCUCAACACUUAAUCCAAGAAGUCCUUCUUCGUGCUGCCAACAAAUUUGGUAUGGAUUUUCAUGAAUUGUUGGAGAUACCACAAGGAGAUCGUAGGAGGUAUCACGAUGAUGUCUCUGUGAUAGUGAUCUCACUUGAAGGAAGAAUAUGGAGAUCAUCAAUGUGAAUAUUAUUGUUUUUCAUGAAUUUGAAUCUUUUGAAGAACUUAUUACAAUAACUCGGGUUGAUAUUU